AUGCUUCCAGGGAACAUCCGCAGCUCGUUGCAGCCACGCUGGGGCCUCUUCUUCUUGAAGCUGAACGCCUUCUUCGCUUUCCUCCUCCAGCUCAUCCUCGUCCUCCUCCUGUCCCUCCUGCACUUCAUCUUGUCUUCCAUCCUCUUGGUCCUCUUGGUCCUCAUCGUCCUUGCCGGUGCACCGUUCGACUUCUUAUUCUUCCGCCUGGCGCUGCCAUUAUUUUUUCUACAUUUUUUGCGGGUGAAGGUGCUGGAAGCAUGUCUAGGGGCUUUGGUUGCGGCCUUCCACUGUUCCCUCCACCACACGGUGUCCUUGCCUCUUACGGAGUCCAUCUGCUGGUGUCUCAUGAAAGCAGCCCAGCACCAUGUGCAGUAG